GUGAUUCCUUUCGAAAUGGGAAGCGCGGAUGAUCAACCUCCUCCGGAUUUAGCGUCCGUCCUCUUAGCAGAACGAGUCGUGUACUUGGGAAUGCCUCUCUCUCCAUCUGUCCAUGAAUUGUUGACAGGACAAUUUCUUUACCUUCAACAUGAAAAUAUCAAAAAACUAAUUUACCUAUACAUAAAUUCGACUGGGACGACUAAGGUGAUUCCUUUCGAAAUGGGAAGCGCGGAGGAUCAACCUCUUCCAGAUUUAGCGUCGGUCCUCUUAGCAGAGCGAGUCGUGUACUUGGGAAUGCCUCUCUCUCCAUCUGUCCAUGAAUUGUUGACAGCACAAUUUCUUUACCUUCAGCAUGAAAAUAUCAAAAAACCAAUUUACCUAUACAUAAAUUCGACUGAGACGACCAAG